AUGGUGCUGUGGAUGGCGGAGUGUGCCAUAGCCACUCUUCAUGGUCGCCACUGCGCUUCAAAGGAUUUUCCACUAAUGGUCCUGUACCAUUGUGGCAGUUCGUCGGUCGCGAUCUACGGCCGUAGUGAGGGCAGGGAGUACGCUGAAGCCUUUGCAGAGGAUCGUAACCCUUCGCCGGUACCCUUAGAGGACCUUGAAGAAAACUUAGAGCGAGCCGACGUCCCACUCCUACCUUUAGAGACGGAAAUGUUUGAAGUAUCCAACUGGAGCAGCCACAGUGGGGUCUCACAAGAUGGGAUGAAAACCCUUUAA